AUGAAGGCAUCUUUUGUUGCUUCUAUGAGACCCGCAUUCAAGGCCUACAUGAGACCAAGUUACAAGACAAUGAUGAGACCAACCACCCGGGCGAUGAACCAGGCACAGAAAAAAGAGAAACCAGUCUUUUUUUCACCAGAGUUAUACCCACUUUUCUUUGCUUGUGGUGUUGUUAUCUGUUCUGCAACAUACUUCUCUACAAAGCAUUUGAAGCAUGAUUCAUUGAAGUUGGGAAGGUCCGUUCCUACUCAGAACGAGAAAUUUGAGGAGGUGAUCAAGAAAAAUUGA